UGUCCAGAGAUAAUUUCAGUUUUUAUUUCGCAAUUUUACUGAUUGUUGUUCGUAUUAGUUGAAAAUCAGUUGUUCCAUUAAAUUCGAGUGUGUAAAAGGUGAACGAAAAUGUCAUCUUCCGAUGAAGCGAAUCCUUUGUUAGGAUCGACGCGACCAACAAACUAUUCGAACAAUGUUAACGAGAAUAGAAAUCAAUUUUCCUUUCGAUAUUGGCUGAGCGUUCUGUACAAUGUGUCCGUGCAUAUUGCUCUGAGCGCACUGACCGCCUUCGUCACAUACAUAUGCUUCUACAAAGGAACCGUUCUAUUCUCGUGGCAUCCAACUCUUAUGCUGAUCGGAUUCUUGGUACUGAUGACCGAAGCGAUGCUUACGUUCAAUCUCAUCAAUUUACCCACUCGUGAACUCGGCUACCGAUCGCGAGUCCUUGUCCAUUGGAUAUUACAGGCUGUGUCCACCUGCGCAAUAACAGCAUCGUUUAUUAUCAUAAUGCUCAAUAAGAAUCGGCUCGGCAAAAAUCACUUCACUUCAAAUCAUGGAAUAGUUGGAUUGACAACAAUUAUUUUGACGGGAUUAUCUGUCGUGCUUGGUGUCUUAUCGAAAUUCAGCUAUCAAUUCAGACAUUAUCUGCGACCACUUAAUAUGAAAAUGAUUCAUUCGGCAUUGGCUGUGUGCUGUUACACAUUAGCAAUGACAACAAUAUCGCUCGGUCUGUUGUCUCCGUGGUUUCUGGAGAACGUUUCGUAUCGGUGGAUAUACAGUCUCAUUGCCGUCGUUGUGUAUAUCGCUCAGUAUACACUGCUGAAACCAUUGUUCACGCUCGGUAAAAAAGUUUGGUUGAAAAUAAGAAGUGAAAUGAGAAGUUAAAUGAAAUCUAUGAGAAGUUGACUGGUUUGAAUGUUGAAAAUGGACAAUAGAAAUAAAAAUCAGUGUAACUAUACCAAUCCACUAUGUGUGUCU